AUGGACUAUUUUCUUCGUCGAUGCGUUCCAAUACUUUUUCGUAUGUUCUCCUUACUGCAAUUAACCAUUUUUGUCAAGUUUCCCGCUCAAUGCGCGUUUCGAGAAACGUGCGACCUUACUUGCGUGACCUCUACAACCGAAGACUUAUCCAAGGCCCUGAAAAGUAUAGACCACGCUCUGCCUGGAAGCCUUGGAACUAUGAUUCCGAACUGCUCGCUUUUAGUCACAGGAUCCAUGAGAAAAUGGACGUCCUGACUCUUCAAAAAUGCUUCACCGACGAAUCGUAUGCCAAUUACGUAAACAAUGCUAGGUCUCCCGAAAGCAAAACAGCACGCAUUGAAGACAAUGGACUGCUUGCCUUAAAAGGUAGUCAGUCGUGUGUCGUGUUUUAUGGGCACAUUGCCUUGUAUCAUAUAUGUGUUCCUCCAUUUGUGGUCAAUCUGAAUGCAGGCUUAAAGGUGUCGUGGUAUGACUGGUACUGCACUAACUAACUUCGGUGGUUUUAUAUGAUUUACUGGCAAGAUAUUUUUAUACAGCCGCACCUGACGGACGCAAUACUGUUAGGGUAACUAUUUUUCAACCGCUCAACGUACCACCGCGCAUUUCUAAUAGCUUUUCUUUUGCAUACAAUUGCUUGAUCUCGUCGCCUGUGCGUUCCCCCGCCUCACCUGCAAAAACCCCUAUUACCACCGGUUCCGUACUGAAGGUGGCUGAAGUUUUUUUUUACCUCAGGUGCGGUUACGUAACCACAUCUGACUGAUUUGCUAUUUUUCCCUUCGCACUAUGUGUAAUCAUGCUCGCUUAUGUGUGACCUGAACCCUUGUUAUGCCUGCCUGACACCUAUGGAUGAGGGAUCAGGUCCUCUGUGACAUGCGGUGACGUGAUAUUUGGCUAUCUCAACCACUUCGCCCACGUCCAUUUUCGAUCGCCUUGACUUUGCCCUGUGUUCCUAACAAGAAGGAUGAUAGAGGAGGAAGCGAGAUGCUGCGAAUUUCUAUAAACAGAUUCCACCUCAAGUCAUUGUUGUUAAAUCCACGGCGUAGUGCAGUGCUGGACGUCGUCGCUUGGAACCGUCAAACUGUGAUAUAUAUUCAAAUUGUCGCUUAAUUUUUAUGCGUUCAUCCCCUCCCUUAUAACUGUUAUCUGCGUUAAUUUUUUUCGGUAUUUUAAUUAAAUUACGAUUUGUCGAUAACUAGGUCGUCAAGUGGGGCAAACAUAUGUCACCAGUUUUCUUCGUGCACAGUACCCAAGUCUACCCGAGGAGUGGGUCUGUUGCAUAACUGACCGUCUUCUCUCAGACUCGGAACUCGCCUACAUUGGUGGUCAUUUGGGCAUCGGCGACCUUGUCUUGUACUCUUGCCUGCCGAGGGAACCAGGUUCACCUCUCCUUCCCGAGAAUACCCACCCACCCUCGUUAACCUCACUCGCAAACUGCUUCUUGGCUGUGAUCGGCGCCCACGCUGAAGAUACGGUAUGCGAAAAAGUCUGCACUACUUCCUAUUUUGCAGUCUGCUCUUUCAAAGCACCCGCACUCUGUAGAACCGUUAGCCCGCAGUACAAUUUAACUUCUUAUGGUACAUGCAAAAGAAAGAAAUUCAAUUUCUAGGGACGAUAGUACAUUCGCUUCACACUUGCUCAAACGCACUAGCGUAUAUGACAAACGAGAAAAUAUAGGUCUGGCAGAGCUUUUCUCACUAGUGUCUGACUCAUCGUUCGUUGUCGUUGAGGUUAUGUCUGACGGUCUCUUGGGCCAUGCGUAGGUACACUCUUCUGGACUUUGACUGUCAGGUCCCCAGUUAUCCUUCGAGCUCUCUUACUUUCGGCCUAGCCCAUGACUUGGAUGUCGCUGGAAUCGAAUUUGCAGCUCUGUUCGAAGUUUUGUUCUGUGAGUGCGCAUUUCCCCUUUUGACUGCCAAUUUGGACAGUUGGACCGUCGCCAACGACGAUUGGGCGCAGGGACGGUGAAUCACCCGUGAUGCGGCGUGAUCAUAGUGGACUUUCGCCGCACCUACCACACUCCCCUUCAUCAUCCACCUGAGGCCCGUGUGUAUACAGAGAAGACCGGAAGCGAGCUCGGGCGCAGUGGUCUACAAAGCUAAACAGCCAGUAUGCGCGUGCCAUACACCUGGUUCUCGUACGAUAGGCCAGCUUUUCACAGUAACAAAAAACGGACGGUCCGGAUGUCAUCUGAGUGGAGUGCCAUAUAGGCCACAUUAAGGGGGAGCCAUUGCAGCCUAACUCUUCGUCCUGAGAUGACUGAGCUGUAUGACUCGUACAGGGCUUAUCUUCAGACAAUAAAAGAACUAUAACACAAAAAUUGGAAUAGUCUGAUGACAUGGGAUAGCGGAGAGUUGGGAAGAGGCCACGUGUCCUCAAACUCUCUUCCAGAGGACUCAAAGAUCCCAGCUUAUUCGGCUCCUUAGUUCAUCACUGACAUCUAGUAGAAGACUGUUCGGCCUAACCAAACUAUGGCAUCGUUUGACGCGAUCCCAAACUCACAUCCACUCCACUGGACAUAGUGCGCGAUAUUCUACACAGAGAGUUUGAAGAGAAGUACGAUAACAUGCCGGGCCCUCUUAAAAGUGAGGACCCAGUGAAACUCUGUGCAUUCUGCCAGUGAAGCUUUCCCGCAUUCGACUGAAACGCGGAGGAGCAAAUUGAAAGAUUGCCAAGGCUGAUUCUAAGAGUUCUGUCCCCUGAGGAAAUUCGGCAACCUCUGGGUAUCAUCCCUGUAUCCUUUUCCAUAAGUAAUCGGUAAUUUUACGCAAAUCCUCCGUUACUUAAUCAGUGAUGAAUACCCCUCUUAUCCAUGUUCUCACUGUAUCACUGAACGAAAAGCCAGUGUCUUGCAAAUUUGUCCUACCAUCAGGCGCCUUCUUAACCGAGCUACCCUUAAAGGCGCUGUCAAUGCCCCCUUCGAACCUAGUUCCUCCGCACACCAUUUAAAGAGCGUCGCACCACGUUCCCAGCCGUUCACGGACCCAGUGCUGCUCGGUCCCGAUCUUAACGGUCAAGCAGGAGCCGAACCUUACUUAGAAGCCAAGGUGCCGUAUUUAUGGAAAAUUAGAAAGCGAAAUUGCGACGCGCCGCACUACUAUCUUUAUAUGGCAUACCUAAACUUCAAAGUUCCACUCAUAAGCGCGGUCGAAAUAAACAAAGACCAAGUGCGUGACCCUUGCAUUCACGUGUUACGUCAAUUGUUAAACGACUCCCUACACCAUCUGGUCAUUUACUGAGACGUCGAUCAGCAUAUUAUGCCCUUCGCAAAGUUAAGACUACAGUUGUCUAGUCAGGUAACUUCAGGCCCUGAAACAAAAGGUUUUACUGGCAGAUUUUUGCAGGUGAUCGGAAGGACGCGCAUUCGAAAGCGGCAUCGUGGCGUGGCUGAUACUUUAAAAUUAUGCCACACUAUACUCAGUAGUACAACUCUUCCUAAGUAUUGCCUUGUAAUGAAACAAUUUGUUGAACAUCUCUUAUCAUGUUAUGAACAACGCCACCUGCACAUCGCGCAUAACACACCGUGAAGUGAAGUGGAAUUAUCCGAGUGUCUCGCUGAGCGACUCUUCGAGCAAUGUCGCCUACUUACCGCCAUCACUUAGCCGUUAGCCUAGGCCCCGUCCACCAACAUAAACAGCAUAAUUUAUUUUGAUCCAACUGUGGAAAACCCAGCUACCUUGGUAGGAUCCGAACCAACGACUGCAAGUGGAAGGCUUUAGUACAGCCAACGCUCUAGGCACCUGAGCUACGAGACCCCACCGGGAGUCAUGGGUUUAGUCAAAUCUGGUUCAAGUUACCCGUCCAAUUUACUGCCGAGAUCGCUGGGUUUCUCACAGUUGGGUAAAAAUAAAUUAAUAAGUCUGCCAAAACACUUAUUAAUAAACAGCAUAACAGGUUUAUUGGCGAGAGCCAACCAAGACGACCUUUAGGAACUUUUCCAAAUUCAGUUGCAUGCAAUGUCCGCUGAAGACGUUUCCUGAGCAAACACUAAAUGCGAUCUUUGACUAUUUGCGCACAGUCUUCGAAUCUACCUCCUUUCUUUGGAGCGAAACUGACACGCGUUGAUCUUCUCUCUGGCCCCUAUUUCAGAAGACCGCACAUCUCCUUGUUCGAGAUUUCAUCCUGACCCGGCUAACUGAGCUGGACUUCUGUGCAGAUUUUGACUUCCCAAUGCAAGAUGAUCCCUUCCCACUGCUAAAACAAGUCCUUCUUUCCCAGAAUCGCGGUCCGCCCGAAGCUAGGUAUGUACCAGUAUUGUGUUACGCUGCCACUCACGUUCUCUUACAAUUUAACUUCCCGGUAUGUAGAUUUUAUCUCUGGGGCUAAUUUUGCUGCAUGUUCGGUUUCUCCUCUAGGUCCGCCCUUGGCACACAUCAGGAAUUUUUGCUGAGGAACGCAUUCUGCCUUACCAUAGCCUUAACCUAGUGUCUGGGUUUAGACUCCUAGGAUGGCAAAAUAGACCACUCCCGUCAGCGUACGAGGACUGCCAACGGCCUCAACGAGCAUUUGGGUGGUUAAAGAACUGCUCAUUCUAAUAAGCAUGCCGCUAACGUCAUGGCCCUCACGGCCUGGUGCGCACUGGCCGUUCUCUGGCACCUGACUCCCUGCUGGUGUCAUUGUGCUCCUGCCGAGUAUACAGGACGUGUUCAUGUUUACCCAGUCCUCCUCGCCCUUCUGACCUAUUGUGGUGUCGUUGUUGUCGGUUAAAAUCCUGACCAUGCGUUUGUUGUGGACCAGAGGGUGUGGGUGGUACGUCUAGGUGCAGGUCCGACUGUGUCCUCUCACGCCUCCGGUCAUCUUGACUAUGUCUCGACACCGAUUCCAGGUGGGGAAGGGAGUGCGUCAGAUGCCGCGCAAGUCUGCAUCCACUAUGAACUCAAUCACGCGCAAGCCACCGUGCCUGCUCUCAUCUUGCUGUGAAGCACACGGUAGACAUAGUCGGCAACGGCAGUCGAGCCACUAAUUGGCCGAACUCAGCCCAACAGUUCUAUCCAGUUUCCAAGUCCAGGAUGCAAUCUCGCCCUACAUAAACAAAGUGAUGACUGUUUUCGAGGUUCUGUGGGGGGCUGGGACUUUGCGUCGUACAGCAGAAUUUUCGGUUCGUGAUCCUUAAAGCGCACUAUCAUUUCAGUACUGUCUUGGAUCCCUUUCUCGUCAGAAGUCGGUGUUAUGUUAGUCCUUAAAUAUCUUGUUAUUUUGUUGCUAUGACCAUUUACAAAGCAUGUCUGUCUCGGUGGUCUGUUGCAGGCUAAACAAUUCUGAUCCAGGAACCCCGCUUAACGUAGUGAGAAUUUCAUUUCAAGAAAGUGUCACCGCUGGGCUCCACGAACCUGCCCACCAACUACUCACACGACCCUGGUUCACUCCUGCGCCUGACAGAUCCCAGUUUGGAAUCAGUAAAGGGCGCGGAACCGCUUCUGAUCGUCUAGUGCAUAUAGAGGCACUUGCUACUAAUGUGGCCUCUCUAGACAUGCUGUGACCGACUUGUUUUGCCGGGGCAAUCGUACCUUACUACUAAUCUAGGAGUCGACUAUUUUUUUACACGAAACCUCCCUCAGCAAAACCCACAGUAAUGUACGCAAGCCAAAUGCGCAGCAGUCACGCGAACCUUGGCACGUUUUCGGCCGGCAAGCAUAACUCCCCCCCCCCCCCGAGAGACAGAGGCCGAACUUUCUAGAGUGUGCCUCUUACGCGCCUAAUGGUCGCAUCGGUGCCUGUGACAAGUUUAGUUUCCUGUUAUCCUCUAAUAGAUCACUAGAACCCUAGUAUUUGGCUGUUAUUUCCCAAAAUAUGUCAACGCAUCGACCCCAACCUAUAUGGAGAUACCUUGACAGUUUAUUUGCAUUCCAUUCCCCGAUUUCCCUAGGCUGCAAUGGCAAUGCAGCAUGAACACCCUACUGGCAUGCUAUCAAAUCGGCAUUUACAGCGACCAACAACUAAUCGGAGAGGGUAAGUGCUUCAGCGGUCGCCCCUCGGGCCAUGUUCCGUUCUUGCUUUACAUCAUAGGAUCAUCCUACCUCGAUUUUUGAAUAAUACAAACCGUAAACGUGCGUAUCACUGCGAGCUCAGCUUCAUUAUAGGACCCGCAUGAUAUGUGCUGUAGAGACACUUAGAAUCUCCGCGUAUUUCUGGACCCGGACUGUGCAUUUCAACGAUGCGAUUGUAUAGGUACGCCCACCCGAAUUGCGAAAGCGCGCCCCUACCCCCUAUGUCUCGAUCGUUUCGUCAGGAGCCGUCUCUUUGUUUUAAUCUAAAUAGCCUAAAUACGCAAUUGCACCUCUGCAGAGUACCGGUGCUUCAGUGAACGGCAGAAUAGCUUCGCAGUUGCUCGACCUCAGCGACGGCUUCGAACCAAAACGACCAGCAAGCAAUGAAUCUAAGGAGGCCAACGCGACCUCUCUGAUGUAAAUUUCUAUUUAACCUAUAUUUCAUUUUGUGGCGGAGAAAUGGGAACCAAACACCAAGUAGGCGGCUAAGUAGUCUGGAAACGCAAUUUCUCUCAUCAUUGUCAGACUGAUAAAACGUAUUGCCAAAACGUCUGUCUAGUAAUUUCCUGUCUCUAAUUUUAGCACCCGGCGAGACGCUUGAAAUAGCUGAAAUGGAAGCCGGCCGGCAAUCGCUUCGAAACUUAUUCGGCAUACAUGACAGCCGCCCCCCAUUGCCUCUAACUGGCCCCUACUCGCCACCCGACACCUCUCGGCGCAACAAGUCACUGGCUGACUAUGGUUGCGCCUGGCCAUAG